AUGCUAGAGGCGCUGAAGUUCCAUUGCGAGCCCGAGUAUCUACGGAAGAUGGUAGAGUCCUACCUCUCCGACAGAGCCGAAAUAUUUGGUGGCACGACAUUGGUGGCGGGGGGAGCCUCCAUUGCUGUUAAGAGUACCAUGAAGUACCUCGGACUGGUCCUUGACAGUCAAUGGAGGUUCGAAGAGCAUUUCCGGCUCCUAGCUCCAAAUCUGGUGGGUACAGCUUCCGCCCUGAGUAUGCUUUUGCCGAAUGUGGGGGAGCCGAGCGCCAACUACCGACGCCUGUAUACAGAGGUAGUGCGUUCGAUGGCUAUGUAUGGAGCGCCCAUAUGGGCAAAUAGCCACACCGCUCAAGGCAAGACCCUUAUGCGGAGACCGCAGUACCCCACUAUGGGAUCUGGACGCAGAGGGGCUGUCAGCUUUCUACAGUCGGCAGAGCUGAGGGCCGAAGGGGAGGAGCCACUUCUGGAGCACAUUAAUCGAUGUCGAGCCGAGAUCUGGCCACUGGACCAUCGGAGCGAUUCGACCAGUCCUGGCAGAAUGGGCGGAUCGAUCCUGGGGAGGCAUCUUCUACCACCUUGCGCAGGUUCUGACGAGCACGAUUGCUUCGGCAAAUACCUGUGCAAUGUGAGACGAGAACCGACGACCGUAUGCCAUCAGUGUGGCUGCGCCGAAGACACGGCCCAGCACACACUGUAG